GGUCGGUUCUGAGCUCAUGCAUAACUCUGAGAAUUAAUACACAACAAAACAAUUCAACGAACGACGACGACCACAACCACCACCAUCGGAAGGCUGGAAAAAAACAUUUAGUAACGCAUUGCACACAAUAGAACGGAGAAAAAAUUAAAUAAAAAUAUCAAGAAAAGAUUUCGGGUUGUUUGUUAUUAUUAUUAUUUGUAAAUUUUGUUAUAAAUACCUAUUGUAUUUUGUGGAAAAUUUUUUCGCGCACUUCACUCAAAGAGCCGAAGAGAGCAAGCAACAACAAAUUACCAAAAAAAAAAACACAGUGUCAAUUUUACAUAGAAAAAAACUGGAAGAAACAAAAUACUAAUUAAACAAAUGCCAAUACAACAAAGUUAAGGUUUAAGCCGAUAAUAAGAGCCACAAAAAAGCAGCAACAACAAAGUGUUAAAUUGUAUAAAAUUAAACAAAUACUAAAAUAUUGUAAAUUACUGAACAACAAAAAAAGAAAAAUCCCCCCGUUUUGGAAUACACAAAAGCAAAGAAAUCCAACGUCACAAUGUCAGUCUACUCAGGGAUGGCUGCCACUCCACGGAGGCUACAAGUGUUAACAGCUUUAAUGAUGGUCUUGGCCGCCAGUUGUUGGCAGCCAGCAUAUGGCAUCUUGGAUGACGACGAAUACAAUUCGGUUUACAAUGAACAAAUCAGGGAGCAGCAAAAUCAUGAAGUGGGAAGAUUUCCCUUUCUAAUGCCAAAUGUGCGGCCAAAAACGCCUGAAUUAUAUCUCUGUACACCGAUAAAAGUGGACUAUACGAAAAGCUAUUACAUAGUUGGUUAUGAACCAAAUGCUACCAUGAAUACGGCGCAUCAUAUGCUGGUAUAUGGAUGCGGUGAACCUGGAUCAAGUAAAACUGUAUGGAAUUGUGGUGAAAUGGCCAAAAAGUCUUCCGAAGAAACAGCAAGUCCUUGUGGGGUCCAAUCCCAUUCACAGAUACUGUAUGCCUGGGCCAGAGAUGCCCCCAAACUGGAGUUACCUGAAGGUGUUGGCUUUAAGGUGGGCUAUGAUUCGCCCAUUAAAUAUAUUGUCUUGCAGGUGCAUUAUGCCAGUAUAGCAAGGUUUAAGGAUGGCAGCACUGAUGAUUCGGGAGUGUUUAUACGUUACACAGAGAAACCCAUGAACAAAUUGGCUGGCGUAUUGCUGAUGGGUACCGCCGGUGUUAUACCACCCAUGUCUGUGGAACAUAUGGAGACCGCCUGUGAGAUUAAUGAAAAUAAAACCAUACAUCCGAUUGCCUAUCGCACCCAUACGCACAGUUUGGGAAAGGUGGUCUCGGGUUAUAGGGUGCGCAGCGAUGAUCAUGGCAUGAAUCACUGGACUCUGUUGGGCAAACGUGAUCCCCUAACGCCACAAAUGUUUUAUCCUGUCAUGAAUAAGGAGCCAAUUGUCAAGGGUGAUUUCAUUGCGGCGAGAUGUACCAUGGAAAGUCAUCGUACCAGGGUCACGGAAAUUGGCGCCACCAACAACGAUGAAAUGUGCAACUUCUAUCUGAUGUACUAUGUGGAGAAUGAUGAACCGCUGAACAUGAAAUAUUGCUUUAGUCAAGGACCUCCCAACUAUUAUUGGCGUAAUCCCGAUGUGGGUCUCAAUAAUAUACCGCACAAGGAGGCAAGCACAUUGUAAGAUUAGAUGUGACCAGAGGCGCAGCAGAAGGGGCAAACCAUGACAACAACAACAUAAAACACAAAUCAAGAAAACCAACAGCUUUAUUUAUACUAUUAUUACUUAGAGGAAGAAAAACAAAAACAACAACAAAAAUUAGAAGAACUAUUCAAACAUAUGAGAAAUUUGUUAAAAACAUCAUCAGAAAAAAAAGAAGUAUAAUAGGGACAAACAUGUGCAAAUCAUGGAAACUUAUCAUAGAGGUCGAAGAAAACAAAUCACAAAUUAGAGACCACAAAAUUAGAGAGGACAUGAAAA